AUGGUUCAAUACAAAAAUCUCAUACUUUUCCUUACCGUAGGCAUGUCGGCCGCUUUCGAGAAUUCAUUACCCCUUGCCCUUCGGCAAAUUCGACCAACGCCUCAUCCCAAUGAAAACUACCUCUACCAGAUGUGUUAUCCCAAUUUAGCGAAUAUCAGUCUUCUCAUAGGUUCAAACGGCGCUGAAAAACGAUUACAAAUCAUGGCCAAUUCUCCUUUCCCUUGCGAGCGCAGUAACUAUAUCAUCUACGCCUGUCUCGCCAAUGGUACAUCACCUAUUGAUUUUCUCGCCGAGCAAGAAUGUAUCUGUCCAUCCUCAUUGUGGGAACUCGAAACAGCUUGUACGGAUUGUUAUCUCGCGCAUGGAUAUCAGAAUAUCACAAGAGAGGAAAGUGAUGCGAGUAUUUCAAGUUUGAGUCAGGCGGAAUGUACGGCCACACCUGUGCAACCGUUUACGAACUUUUUCUCGAGCGUCGAUGCGUCGCAAGCGUUGACGACGCCGGAUGUGGUACUGGGAUCGGAUAGAUUUCCAAACCAGACGGCGGUUAGCAAUUACUAUACUGGCAAUACUGCUUGGACGAUAGGAAGUAUUACCGGAAGUGCAACGGCUCGAUUAACGAGCUACACGGCAACAGAGUCUAGUAGAUUUACUCCCACGAGUACUGGAGCUCCUUAUUCGACGGGUAUGAGUGGGAGUGCAAGUGAGAGUGCGCAGACUAGUACUAGUGGAGCGGGAGGAUUGAAGAGUAAGAUGAGUAGUCCGGGUGGUGUUUUUGGGUUAGGCGCGUUGCUCAUGCAGUGUAUGGCGGUGAUUUUUACUGCUUGGAUCGCUUCGUGUUAAAUGGAGUGUAUGGAGUGUAUAGAGUGUUUUAGGAGGCGAGUCGGGAAGCAUGGGGUAAUUAGCUAGUUCUAGAGCUGCUUAAAAAUUAUCAGAGUUACAGUGUACGAAAGUAUGGAUGGGCAGGGUGGGAUGGGGGGUUACGGUAGAUGUAUUUUAUGAUUAGCUGGGUUAGA